AUGUUCUUUUCCCAACCAGAGCUGAACCUUUUAAGGACAAGUACAUUGCUGUCAGAGUAUAUUCGUAAACAUUUGGAAUUCAUUAACUCCCCUAUCCAGUUGGAUGUAAGUCCAAGUGUUAAUCAAGUGAUGUGUGGGUGGAAUGAAGAAGAAGUCAAGGUUGGAAGAAGGCUAGUGCACUUGAAUGUGGCUCGUGAAUCUUAUGCGAAAUUUCAAAUUGAAGCUGAACCCAUCAGCGCAGAGUCGUACACACCAGGAGAUGGAAGGCUUGUUGUCUCAUGCAUUAGUUGGGAAGAAAAAGGUCGAAAGGUUGUGACCUCUGUUGAUUUAAUUUUGGUACUUGAGUUUAUUGUGGGUGAACUUUUUUCUAUUGAGGAAAAAAGCAGAAUUCGCCGGAACCUACAGUUUCUCAAGCCGUGGACUAUCACACGUUCUGGCAGCGAAAGUAAGAGAAUAUUCAAUUCAAUCAUGGCGAUGGAUAACCCUAGACCACGAAAUAUCGAGAAAGACCUCAAAGUAUUUGACUGGAGCGAGUUAUUCGUCGCAGUUGAAAAGGUCUUAUCCAAAUACUCUGCGAAUCCUAAUGCACCACCACCCGUGCAAUUUCAAAGCAUCGGAAAGAUACUGUCGGAAGAAUCUGAAAAGGCAAAUGUUGGACAAACUCUACGAAAAGACACUCCAUUAAGUUUGUCAAGCUCUGACUGCGCGGUUGGAGUUUGUCGAGGGCCCUCCGUUAACGGCCAUCAGGGGCCAACUCCAAUUCCUAUCAAUCCGUUCCUUGACUUACCCCAGCAUUUCAAUUCUCCCGCCCUGAAGUUUGGGAACACAAGGGGCCAAACGAACGUUCAACUGGAGAGAGAACUGAGCAACUACUUGCGACACAACGUCAUGGACCAAGCGAGGCCUAUCCAGCCACAAACCAUACAUGCGAGAUAA